AUGGGAAAGGACCGCAAAGACCACAAGUCAAGCAUCGGGAAAGGCAUCAAAGCCAACCGGCAACCAGCCGACGAGCCCGCUCCCCCAUCGUACGGUGCCAGCACCGAGGCCAAGGUGUUCGCCACUUCCUCGCCCUUGGCCUUCACGCCGACGCACAACCCGCCUCCCUUCUCCCAGCCGAUGUCUGCCUCCUCGUCACGCGCAGAGCUGCCGCCCAAGCCAACGCCCGAGCUGUACCCGCACGCUACGCCAAGCUGGUUCCGUCGAAAGUUCCGCGGUGAGGUCGUCGCCGAUCUUCAUGCCAUGGCUACGCUCGUCAAAGAGGGCCACGCCCCGGACGAAGUCGGCCGGAUGCUCCGCCUCAACGACAACGACGAGGACCGCGCACGCGCCGCCCUAGUCCACAACCGGCACCUGCGGUGGGGGUUCAAGUUUCAACCCGUCCACUGCCAGCUGUGCGCUAUUGCCAGCCAGUCCGGCGAGAGGGAGCGGCAUAGUCAGCCCUUGUAG